CUACCUUACUGCUAUGAUAAUGAACUGAGCGGUGUCAGUGCGGAGCACACCAGGCUGCUGGUCGCAGGGGCCAGCACUCUGCACACCAACAAGGUGUGUUUGUGUACGUGCGCUUUGGUUUGCAGAGACCUCCAGGCAGCCGGCAGCAAAGGAAUCUCAGGUUUUACCCUUGUGCUUCUGGAGUUUGGCAAUGAUUGGCUCCACUGGAACGUAAAUGAAAAGAAGAGAAGGCGACCUCUGGAUUAAAGUGGCUGUGAGAGAUUUUUCUUACAAAAACAGGGCACGAGCAGAGGUUGGGGGAGUGGUGGUGGAAGGGGCUGGAGUAAAGAAUGCCAGAGGGAAUCCUUCCCUCGCAAUCUGCCUUGAACCACUAAUUUCAACAACCCGGCUUUCAGACUAAAAAGAAUUCUUUUUCCCACGCUACCCAUUUUUUUGAAGGAAAGCAUUUUUUUACAUUUGAAACCUUCUUGGUUUAGCUCAAUCAGAUGGAGGUACAGAGGAGAUCCUUGACACCCCCCUUAUCGCCUGCUGCAUAUGUCAACUCAACGCAAUAUUCGAGUGUUUUGGAGGGAAGAUUCAAGCAACUGCAAGAUGAACGUGAGGCAGUCCAGAAGAAAACCUUCACAAAAUGGGUGAAUUCGCACUUAGCAAGAGUAACCUGCCGGAUCACAGACCUGUACACAGACCUGAGGGACGGACGGAUGCUGAUCCGGUUGCUCGAGGUGCUGUCGGGUGAACAGCUGCCCAAACCGACCAAAGGACGAAUGCGGAUUCACUGUUUGGAGAAUGUGGAUAAGGCCUUGCAGUUCUUGAAGGAGCAGAAGGUGCAUCUGGAAAACAUGGGGUCACAUGACAUUGUUGAUGGGAACCAUCGCCUCACUCUUGGCCUGAUAUGGACCAUCAUCCUUCGGUUCCAGAUCCAGGAUAUUAGUGUAGAAACAGAAGACAACAAAGAAAAGAAAUCUGCCAAGGAUGCACUUCUACUCUGGUGUCAGAUGAAGACAGCAGGGUACCCCAAUGUCAAUGUUCACAACUUCACCACAAGUUGGAGGGAUGGACUGGCCUUCAAUGCAAUUGUCCACAAACACAGGUCCGAUCUAAUUGAUUUUGACAAACUGAAGAAAUCUAAUGCUCAUUACAACUUGCAAAACGCUUUCAAUGUGGCAGAGCAACACUUGGGACUCACCAAGUUGCUUGAUCCUGAAGAUGUCAGUGUGGACCAGCCUGAUGAAAAAUCUAUCAUCACUUAUGUCGCCACUUACUAUCACUACUUCUCCAAGAUGAAAGCACUGGCCGUGGAGGGGAAACGCAUUGGGAAGGUGCUGGACUAUGCAAUUGAAGCAGACAACAUGAUUGACAAGUAUGAGACUCUCGCCUCCGACCUCCUGCAAUGGAUUGAGUUUACCAUCAUCACCCUGAAUGACCGCAAACUGGCUAACUCCCUAAACGGGGUUCAGAACCAGCUUCAGGCAUUCAACACGUACCGCACUGUGGAGAAACCACCCAAAUUUAUCGAGAAGGGUAAUCUAGAGGUGCUGCUUUUCACUAUACAAAGCAAAAUGCGGGCCAACAAUCAGAAAGUCUACAUUCCACGGGAGGGUAAACUCAUAUCAGACAUCAACAAGGCUUGGGAGCGGCUGGAGAAAGCUGAGCAUGAGCGGGAGCUUGCCUUGCGCACGGAGCUCAUCCGACAGGAGAAGCUGGAGCAGCUUGCUCACCGGUUUGACCGCAAAGCAGCAAUGAGAGAGACGUGGCUGAGUGAAAAUCAGCGCCUUGUUUCCCAGGAUAAUUUUGGACUGGAUCUGGCAGCAGUGGAAGCUGCUACAAGGAAGCACGAGGCCAUUGAGACAGACAUCAAUGCGUACAAUGAGCGCGUGCAGGCAGUGGUGGCUGUGGCUAAGGAACUGCAGGCUGAGCAUUACUAUGACAUCAAGCGCAUCACCGUCAGGAAGGACAAUGUCAUUCGGCUAUGGGACUACCUGCGCGAACUGCUGCAAGCACGCCGCGAGCGUCUUGUCAAGAACCUUGAGUUGCAGAAGAUGUUCCAGGAGAUGCUGCACAUCGUGGACUGGAUGGAAGACAUGAAGAGUCGCCUGCAGUCACAAGACUAUGGCAAACACCUGCAUGGUGUUGAAGACCUGCUUCAGACUCACACGCUGGUGGAGGCAGAUAUUGCAGUCCAGGCAGAACGAGUUAAAACAGUUAACGCUGGUGCUCAGAAGUUUACUACCAGUGAGGAAGGUUACAAGCCCUGUGACCCUCAGAUUGUCUGUGACCGCAUCACACACUUGGAGCUUUGCUAUCAGGAGCUAUGUAAGCUGGCGGCUGAACGUCGUGCAAAGCUUGAGGAGUCCCGCCGCCUCUGGAAGUUCUUUUGGGAAAUGGGUGAAGAAGAGUCCUGGAUCCGGGAGAAAGAGCAGAUCAUGUCAUCGGAAGACUAUGGCAAGGACCUGACCAAUGUUAUGCUGCUGAUCAGCAAGCACAACUCGUUCAAGGACGAGAUGAGUGGGCGCAGCGGUCCCCUCCAGCAGACAAUAAGGGAAGGGGAGGGCUUGAUUGAAGAAGGACACUUUGGAGCCAAUGAAGUCAGAGAAAAAAUCAAAGACAUUCAAGGGCUGUGGGCACAUUUGGAAGAAUUGGCAGCUCUCCGGGAGCAGAGACUGAAUGAGAUCUCUAACCUGUACCAAUUCCAAGCUGACGCCAAUGACAUUGAGGCUUGGAUUCUAGAUACACUGCGCAUUGCGUCCAGUACAGAUGUUGGACACGAUGAGUAUUCCACACAGACACUGGCCAAAAAGCACAAGGAUGUGGAAGAGGAGAUUCACAACCACAGGCCCACUAUUGAUGCCUUACACGAACAGGCUCGAAGCCUGCCAGAUGAUUUUGCCCACUCUCCUGAGGUGGAUGGCAGGCUGCCAGCCAUUGAACAGAGGUAUGAGGAGCUGGUCGCUUUGGCACAGCAACGGAGACAGACGCUGCAGGAUGCCUUGGCACUUUACAAGAUGUUCAGUGAGGCAGAUGCCUGUACACUUUGGAUCGAUGAGAAGGAACAGUGGCUGAACUGCAUGGAGAUUCCUGAGAAACUUGAGGAUUUGGAAGUGGUUCAGCACAGGUUUGAAACACUUGAGCCAGAGAUGAACAGCCAAGCUUCCCGGAUCUCAGCUGUCAAUCAGGUUGCCAGUCAGUUGCUAAGCACUGAACACCGCAACAAGGAUGAGGUCACUGGCAUGAGAGACCAGCUGAACAGCAGCUGGGAUCAGUUCCGUGGCCUGGCGGAUCAGAAGAAGGAAGCGCUCAGCUCGGCACUCAGCAUUCAGAAUUACCACCUGGAGUGCAAUGAAACAAAGUCAUGGAUUAAAGAGAAGACCAAAGUCAUUGAGUCAACCCAGAGUCUUGGAAAUGACCUGGCUGGUGUGAUGGCCCUUCAGCGCAAGCUGACUGGAAUGGAGCGGGACUUGGAGGCCAUCCAGGGUAAACUGGACGAUCUGCAGAAAGAAGCCGAGAAGCUUGCCGCAGAACACCCGGAGCAGGCUCAAGCCAUCUUAGCUCGACUUUCCGAGAUCAGCGGUGUCUGGGAGGACCUUAAGGACACCAUGAAGAGAAGGGAAGAAUCGCUGGGGGAAGCCAGCAAAUUGCAAGAGUUCCUGCGGGACCUAGACGACUUCCAGUCAUGGCUGUCCCGGACACAGACAGCCAUUGCCUCAGAAGACAUGGCUACGAACUUGGCCGAUGCUGAGAAGCUCCUCACUCAGCACGAGAACAUCAAAAAAGAAAUUGAUAACUACAAAAAUGACUACGAGAGGAUGAGGAGUGUCGGGGAGGAGGUGACACAAGACCAGACCGAUGCCCAAUACAUGUUCCUGCACCAACGGCUGCAAGCUCUUGACACAGGGUGGAACGAACUGAGCCAGAUGUGGGAGAACAGGCAUAACCUCCUGGCACAAGUAUACGGUUAUCAGAUCUUCCUGCGCGAUGUGAAGCAGGCAGAAGGGUUCCUUAAUAACCAGGCUUAUAUGCUGUCACAUACAGAGAUGCCUGGAACCCUGGAAAUGGCCGAGGCUGCCAUUAAGAAACAUGAAGACAUUGUGACCACCAUGGAUGCCAACGAGGAGAGGAUCAACAGCGUGGUGGACUCCGGCAAAAAGCUUAUAAGCGAGGGGAAUGUUCAUGCUGACAAGAUCCAGGAGAAAGUGGACUCCAUUGACGAACGACAUAGGAGGAAUCGCAAAACUGCCAAUGACCUUGCUGAUAGACUCAAGGAUAACCUGGAGCUUCAGAAGUUCCUUCAGGAUUGCCAGGAGCUCACGCUCUGGAUCAAUGAGAAGAUGCUGACUGCUCAAGAUAUGUCGUACGAUGAGGCUCGGAAUCUCCAUACCAAGUGGCAGAAACACCAGGCCUUUAUGGCUGAGCUUGCCUCCAACAAGGACUGGCUGGACAAGAUAGACAAGGACGGGAAGCAGCUCAUAUCUGAGAAGCCAGACACUGAACCCAUUGUGGAGGAGAAGCUCAGUACUCUCCACAGGCUCUGGGAUGACCUGGAAUCCACCACGAAGACUAAAGCUCAGUGCCUGUUUGACGCAAACCGCACAGAGCUGUUCACGCAGAGCUGUGCAGACCUGGACUUGUGGCUCAACGACCUGGAUGCACAGCUGCAGUCCGAUGACCAUGGCAAGGACUUGACCAGUGUCAGCAUCCUUUUGAAAAAACAACAGAUGCUGGAAAAUCAGAUGCAGGUCCGGCAGAAGGAGCUAGAGGAACUGAAGCACCAGGCACAGGCCCUGGGGCAAGAGGAUACAAAUGUCGUGGAGGUAGAUGCCAAACAGAGGAGGGUGGAAGAGAGGUUCCAGGAGCUGAUGAGACCUGUCCAAGAAAGACGCAGAAAUCUCAUGGCCUCCAAAGAGGGCCAUCAGUUCAAUAGGGAUUUGGAGGAUGAAAUUCUGUGGGUUAAUGAGCGGAUGCCACUAGCAACCUCAACCGACCAUGGAAACAAUCUGCCAACCGUGCAGUUGCUCAUUAAAAAGAACCAGACCCUGCAGAAGGAGAUCCAGGGUCAUCAGCCCCGAAUAGACGAUAUCGCAGAACGUGGAGAGACAAUGGCCAAAGCAGGGCGCAUAGAUUCCGAGGUGCUGCGAGCCCGCUUGGGAGACCUGCAGGAGAUGUGGAGGGAGUUGAAGGAGGAAACGGACAAACGCAACAGCCGCCUGCAGGAAUCUCAAAAGGCUCAACAGUUCUAUUUUGAUGCUGCUGAGGCUGAAGCUUGGAUGGGCGAACAGGAGCUGCACAUGAUGUCAGAAGAGAGGGCUAAGGACGAACAGAGUGCAAUGGCAAUGGUCAAGAAACACCAGGUGGUGGAGCAGUCAUUGGAGGACUACGCACAAACUAUUCACCAGCUCUCCAACCUAAGCAGGAAUCUGGUAACAAACAGCCAUCCUGAGAGUGACCGGAUUACUCUGAGGCAAUCGCAGGUGGACAAGUUGUACGCUGGGCUGAAAGACUUGGCGGAGGAGCGGAGGGAAAAGCUGCAGGAGCGCCUACGGCUCUGCCAGCUCAAACGGGAAGUGGAUGACUUGGAGCAGUGGAUCGCCGAGCGGGAGAUAGUGGCAGGCUCCCACGAGUUGGGUCAAGACUAUGAACAUGUCACUAUGCUGCGGGAUAAAUUCCGCGAAUUUGCCCGUGACACCAGCAGCAUUGGGCAGGAGCGUGUGGACUCUGUGAAUCGAAUGGCUGAUGAGCAGAUUGACCUGGGUCACUCGGAGAAUGCCACCAUUGCAGAGUGGAAGGAUGGGCUGAACGAAGCCUGGGCUGACCUACUGGAACUCAUCGACACCCGGACUCAGAUGCUGGCUGCUUCUUACGAGCUGCACAGCUUCUACCACGAUGCCAGAGAAACCCUUGACCGCAUUCAGGAGAAGGAAAAGCAGCUUCCAGAGGAAAUGGGCCGUGAUCUAAACACGGUCGAGAGGAUGCACCGAAUGCACAACACGUACGAACAUGACAUUCAGGCACUGAGUGCACAGGUGAAACAGGUACAGGACGAUGCUUCUCAUUUGCGGUCAGCGUACGCCGGUGAGAAGGCAGAGGACAUUCAGCGACACGAGGAUAAUGUUGUGGAGGCCUGGAAUGCUCUCCUCAAUGCCAGCAAGGGACGCAAGCAGAUGCUCUCGGAUUCGGUUGAAAAGUUCCGCUUCUUCAACCUCGUCCGAGACCUCAUGCUCUGGAUGGAUGAUGUCACCAGGCAAAUGGAUGCUCAGGAGAAACCAAGGGAUGUCUCUUCAGCAGACCUAACCAUAAAGAACCAUCAGGGGAUCAAGUCUGAAAUUGAUGCCCGGGAUGACAGCUUUACUGCAAGCAUUGAGAUGGGCAAUGCCCUUUUAGCCAAGAACCACUAUGCUUCAGAUGAGAUUGCAGAAAAAUUAUCCCAGCUCCAGGAAAGGAGGAAAGAAGUCAAUGAUAAAUGGAAGGAGAAGGAAGACUGGUUGCAGCUUGUGAUGGAAGUACUCCAGUUCGGACGGGAUGCAGCAGUCGCAGAGGCCUGGCUGGCAAGCCAGGAGCCAUACGUUCGAGCAGCAGAAGUAGGAAGCAGUGUAGAUGACGCCGAGAACCUAAUCAAGCGGCAUGAAGGGUUUGAAAAAGCAGCCGCGGCUUGGGAUGAGCGGUUCUUGGCCCUGGAGAAACUGACGACACUGGAACAGCAAGAGAUUCGUCGCAAGCAGGAGGAGGAGGAGAGGAAGAUAAAACCGCCUCCACCACCGUCGCCCCCUACGCCACAUGUCUCUGUGACAGCAGAAGACAGCCUGGAGGCCAGGAGUCAGGCAGAUCAAAAUCAACAGACACGAGAUGGUGACAUGGCUAAUCAUCUGGAGCCCAUUGCUCAGAAUGGAGUGCACCCAGACAUAGAGUCACAGCAGCCUUUGGAUGAUUUAAGACAGUUGAAAGAUGGUGUAUCGUCAUCUGUGACAGUAACAGUCUCUGAAGCAUCAGAACCUGUUAACGGGACAAACGCAGAAUCGAAGAAAGAUAACGUUCCAGCCCAGAAAACCCCGCAAUCAUCUCCACGCCCAGGAUCUGACAGUAUCCAGGUCAGCAAGGCACAGGACACAGCCACAGUACAAAUGGAAGGUAUUUUGUGUCGAAAACAUGAAUGGGAAUCGCACAACAAGAAAGCCAGCAGCAGGUCAUGGCAGAAUGUGUACUGUGUCCUGAGGAAUAGGAGCCUUGGCUUUUAUAAGGAUUCCAAGAAUGCCAACAGUGGAAUUCCAUACCACGGAGAGGUUCCAGUCAGCCUGACAGAUGCUGUGUGUGAGGUGGCACAUGAUUAUAAGAAGAGGAAAAGUGUCUUCAAACUUAGACUCAGCGAAGGAAAGGAGUUCCUGUUCCAGGCCAAGGAUGAGGCUGAAAUGAGCAGCUGGAUCGAUGCAAUCACCAGGUCGAUCUCCACCAGUCAAGAGGACCGCCACCCCAUCACUCCCCAGGGCCUUACCCGUGCCAUGACGAUGCCCCCCAUAUCGCCCAACAGCGGUGAAACCGUCACCCUGCGAAGGGACAAGGACGGCAAGGAAAAAGAUCGAGAAAAGAGAUUCAGCUUCUUCAAGAAAAAAUAGGCAAAGACUCAAAAGUUAUAACAAAAGAGUAAAAGUCACCACACGUUCCACACUUCGCACGUCAUUCCAGUCGAUUCCAGCUUGUUUUUCUGAAUGACUCUAUACCUGGCGUUCCCGGGGCAUGUGGGGGGAGGGGGGUGUUGGAAUUUAGUGAAACAGAAUACUUUUUUUCAGGGAGUGAAACAAAAAUGCCAAUACUUCUGGAAUGAUGAGCAGAGCAUCUCUGAAGAACUGAUUCAUGAAACACUAAGUACUGUUCUUGGUUUACCUAAGGUAGUUGAGGAAGAGAGAAUCUCUCUGUGAUGGGAUGUUUCCAGCAGAAUAGUGUAUUCAUAAUUGGCUGAGCUAAAAGUAUUGGGUAUCUGGUUGGUUUUUUCAUAGGACUGCAAUGUGACCAUUUGGCUAUGAGGUCUUUACACUGUUGAAGGGUUGAUGGGUCGCUAAACUGAAGCUUGCAAUUAACAUGUCCCCUCUCCCCCAACUAAGCCAGGCAGAGUGAUCACUGUCGGUCUGAACAGCUACAAAAUGAGGCCAGGUUGGAAGUAUGUAUUCCACAAGCAACCAUCAGACAUGUUAUCCGAGUUGGUGCCAUUUCACUUUUCUUCCUUUUUUUCCCUCAUCUUCCCUCCGUCAUAUUUUUUCCCCUUCCUCGCACUUAACCAGAUUGCAGGGAGUGUGGAGUGGGGAGACACAUUGUUAAAUAAAGGGGGCAUAUGCAACUUUUAAGAUAAUUGUGUAUUUAUUGAAAAUCAAGAGAUGCUUCAAAGAUGUGGAGAGAUGAGACAGGUUAGGUGAGAGUGUCAGACCUGAUUCUGUAUGCUUCUCUCCCGUCCGCAUUGGUCGGUUCGACUUCAUGUGCCAGCUGUUCCUUCCUCAUUGAUGUCCCUCAACUUUAACCCAAUGAAUUGCUUUAAGAAAAGCAAAUCUGCCCAUGAAAUGGGCAAAAAAAAAUCUCCAUUUUGCCAAACAUUUUCUGUCUUGCAAACCAUGCUGUGUCAGGUGUUGGAGUGGAUUAUUUGCUUUAAAGGAACUUACAUUGCAGAACUUGUCAAAAUAUUCUCUUUACUAAGUUGUUGUGGUGAAAAUUGUAGGUCAGUUUAAAGUGGAUUUUUUUAAGUAGCUUUUAAGUUUUUUACAGUAUAGGUGUUUCCUUUGACUGUCACAACCAACAGCAGCUACCAUUCAGUUCUGUUUAGAACUGGACGAAACCUCUGUAGUGUAGACCCCGAUGCACUUUGUCCUGCUGUAGAGUUUGGAGUGGGUGCACAGUUGCACUUGUCUUACAACUUGUUAGAUGAGACGUCCUUUCUCCACCGGAUGAUUGUAUUCACCUUUUUAUCAUCUGAACACUUUUAACAUUAAGUUAAAACCAUACAUUAGCCUCCAUUUUAAAAACAAAGUUUUAAAUUCUCCUUUGUUCUGCUAACUCUCAUUUCCUUUUUUUUCUUAUGGUGUCGCACCUUCCACCCCCUGCUUCUUGGCGAUGACUGAGCUGCAAGUUACUUAACACCUCUCCGUUUGAGAACUGGCCCUCUGAAGAAUUUUAGACAGUGAGCAGGAGGUAGGAGAGAUGGUAGGGUAGGUGAGCAAAUGGUCGAAGAGAUACUUGAUUAGAAGGAUUUUGAAAGUUAGAGGUAGGAAGGAUAGGAUUUACGGUAAGCUCUUGCUACUGUAAUGUGGUUUGCUACAGAGGUGUAUUUUGUUGUUGAUCAGAUCUGAGAUGUGCUUGAGUUACUAAAGUGCUGUUAAGUAUUUGCUAUGACUUGGUACGUUAUAAAUCCUAUUAUGUAUAUAGAAAAUGAAAGGCGUGCUGCACUCAAAAGUCUAUAUGACGAUAACCAUCAGCCAAGGAAAAUCUAAAAGUUCAGAAUAUUGAGAACUUUAAGCAGCUUCAAGAGAAGGUGCUUCAGAAGCAAAGGGGUUAUUUUUAUAAUUUAAAACCUAAUACUGGCAGGUAGAGAGGGAGGCUUCCACUACUUGGAAACCUCGGUUCUGAUAGCUCAUUGUUGACACAAAGUUAUCAAAAAUUGGACCUAUAACUUAAAUCUUUUGAAGAGGAAGUUCUUCAAUGUUAGAUUCUUCAUGUUAGAUUUUGAACAUAUUAGAGAUAAAUAACGUGCAACAUUUUUUUAAAGAGAGUUCUUCACAUGAGUCUCAUUUGAAAUCAUUUUUAAAAUGCAGAACUGUAAAUCGAUACCAGAUUCUGGGCUGUCCAGUCACAUUUCAAGAUACUCAUAGUGCACAGACUUGGGAGAGAAGUGGUAGAAAUGAGCCUUGUGAUUAGUGGGACUGAUGGUGGCCAGACACCAGCUUUAAGGCAUCUAGAUCACAUGCAGACAUUUUCACGUGCUCCCAAUGCUCCUUAAUCACGAUUUUGAUGAAGACGUUGCCACGGUGGUAGCUGAGUACACUGUGCCACAAAGGCUUUGGGUUUAGGCAAGAGAUGCCUGGAUUCUGUUAAACAGCAGGCAGUUUCUGACCUUAUUUAGUGACUCAGAACAAAUGUAGGGUGAAGAAAUUAGUACUGUCUGGUACACUGCCAUUUGUGGCACUUACUGUGGACAGUUGUGAUUCAUUCCCACGGGUGCUUCUCACUCACUAGUGCAGACAACCCGUACCUCUUCCCGGCGCUUAAGUAGCUUAGAGGCAAGUUUGGAAGGACAGGAUAGAGUAAUAUAGUAUGGCUGAGGGUAUCACACAACUUACAUAGAUGCUGCUGUUUGCACACCCUUGCAGUUGGGUUAGACUGAAAUCCUUUGUACAAGAGAAGAAAAAUAGCACCAGUGAGGCAUCCAGAGGAGAGAACAGGAGAUUCUGCAUGAAGGAAGGAGGGGGAGAAAUAAUGGGAUGUUGUCUCAUUACCUGGGGAUACAAGACAAAAACCACAGCAGUGUUAACUCUGCAGCAAGUGAUUUUAGGAUGCUGGUUACCAGCUGCAAGUGUUUUCUUAUAUUCAGAAAGGAUCCAUCUUAAACAUGUUAACCUAGUGCCAAGUGAAGCCAGAGUUAGUACACAUUUAGUGCCAUAAUGGUGCCAAGAGUCGUCAACCCAUUCCCACAGGACCAUCCCAACCUGUUUCACUGAUGAUCCUGCGAGUCAGACUGUUCCUUUCCAACUCCAUCUGCCACUCUCCCAAAGUGUCGGCACAGCCUUUGGAGUCCAGGAAGUUUAUUUGCUCGACCAUGCUGGCCAGCUUUUUUUUGAGGAAUUUAUGAUCUACAUUAUUUUUGCUGCAGCAAUUCACGUUGAAAAUGGGUUAGACAUUGCACUUAAAUCUGACUCUGGUAGUAGUUGUUAGGGCCCCGAGCUAAGUAUUCAUGGCGGUCCUUCUAACUAGCCACAGUCUACAUUUUGGGUCUUAGGUAGGUCGAGCAGUUCUGCAAGCUGAACAUGUCCUUGGAAGAGGAGGAGUUUAAAACUCCAAGGUAGCCUCUAUAACAUUCUGGAGCAUAAACAUCCAGCCCUCGGUCCUGCCACUGAAAUCAAUUGUUCAGUUUAAUAAGGAUGUGAAAAUCAGCCAUCCUCUGAUCCUUGUCGUAAAACGGGGGAUCUGUGGAUGUUGGGCAAAGACAGCAUCAGUGAAAGUCUACUGAUGCUGGCUCUGGGGGGGGGCGCACAGGCACUAGGUCCCUGAGAGCACUCAGCACCUGUGGUACUGUACCCUGAAAAGGAGCCUCUGGCUCCACAAAGUAAGGAGCACAAGAGCCAUUUUAAUAAUAUCCAAUAAAUCGAUCGCAAUUAUGAGGGUGUUGUAUGUUUUAAAAUGCUUUUUGCUGUACUCAAUUGAUGUUUAUGGAAGUUGGUGAAUGUGUUAUGAACCGUCUUAGUUUAUUAACAAGGAAUUUAAAUUCAGGAAAAAUUGGUAGUGGAUAAAUUAAACUGGGUUGUGACAAUGAUUUGCAGUGGGUGAAAAUAUAAAAUAUAGAAAAUGCACAGCAGCUUUGAUAGUAUGGAUUAAAGAGGCUGACUGAUGGGUUAGUCUGUUAUUUUGCCUUAGCAGGUCUGGUCUCGCUGCUGCGUACUUUCAGUUGCGAUCAGGUUACAUGUGACUUUACAUCAAGUUUCUCCCCGAACCAACAAUCUUAUUCAAGUAGGUGACAGUGGAAAAGUUACUUCCAAAACAAGGCAGAGUAUGAACUUAGGUCCUCGUGCUAUUUGCCUCCUUAAAGUCCAUCAACUUUUUGACAAGAAUUGGAGCUAUCUUGUGAUGUAAUUGUUAGUGUCAGCAGAAGCAAGUUUGUAAUGUGCCUGUGGAGUGUGAGAAGCUGGUACGGGGAAGUGUAACUGUUGGCUCGUGCAAGGAAUGUGUUGACUCUGUGUGUAACCGAUGGUAAAAUUCGCACUGGGAACGCCAGACAGGUUAUUGUAGGGAGAAGUUUGUCUGUAUAUAAUCUGCGCUGUACGUAAUCCGCGCUGUAACGCCACUUCUGUUUGAUGGGACGGUAUAGAGGGAGCCUUUCUGUACAGCUAACCAGUGCUGGCCCUGCCCUGGGAGUGUCCAGGACAGUGUGGUGUGAGCUUUACUUUAUUAUCGAACCUUUGCGGUGCCUGCCCAUGGAGUAUUUGAAGAGAGAGUGCAGAAGGAGCUUUACUCUAUAUCUAACCUAACCUUCUCUUGCCAUAGGAAUGUGUGACAGAACAGUGCAGAGGGAGCUUUACUCUGUAUCUAACCCAUGUUGUACUUGCCCUGGGAGUCUUUGAUAGGACAAUGUGGAAUACAGUUAUGUUGUAUUGACCCUUUAUAAAACCUGCUUAAAUUAGGAAUCACAUCCCUCAGUUUGAGAGAGCACAAAAUCCAGUCCAAUUUUGUUUUUAAUGUAGCUUGAUGGAAAUGUUUGCCCAGACACCAACUCAUUUGAUAAAUUACCAUCUGUGGCUUCAUCUGAUACGGUGAAUAAACAGAAGUGAAAGCUAUUGAGAGUGUGGGAGGGGAGGACUGAUCACAGCACAGGCUUCAUUAAGACUGUGGCUCUACUGGGCGGUUCCAAAUGUUCCCUUAAAGGCUUACUAAUGAAUGGGGUGGCCUUGAUGUUCCCAUUUGAAGUUUGGAAUAUUAUAAUCUCUAUUUACUGAAUUCUUAUUGUACUGAAAAUAAAGAGUGCAUUUAAACUGU